AUGCAAUCGAUCGUUCAACUCGAUAGGCGCUACAUCAGGACCAAACACGGCAGUAUGCUGCCGCCACCUCCCUCCCUUCCGGACCAACCUCAAGUGUUCAAUCAACUCAGCGGGGAUUGUGUGCACCACGACGAGGAGAAUGGCCAAGGCCGAGCUGUGUGCGUCUUGCCUUCAGGGAGCGGCGUCGAGGUGAACUUCGCGGUGCAGUCUUAUGUUGCUGCGACAGGAGAUCCACCAGUGUCGUACCUCGGUCAACUUCUAUUGAUGGAGGUGGUUGUUUUCUCUCCGUCGAGCAACACCUACAGGCCCGGUCGUGUCCACAACUUCUGGAGUCAGCAGAAUCAGUCACGAGCUCAAGAAGAAAUCGCUGUUUCAGAUCCUGGUCUAAUGCUUGCGCAGCGGAUGGCGGCACUCACCGUGGCCCCGAUUGUUCAAGCUUCUUCUCCGCCGCCGAACGCUGCAGCAGAAGACUACGAACGGCCACAAUUACGUGGGGAUGCACUGAAUCUACUCCGUCACUCCCGUCCUCAAUCAGCCGAGUCCAUCCGAAACCUCGACCCCGAAAUGAAGCGAACCACGUUGAUCUCCAUCCUCAACAACGAGAUGAAUGCAGCCCGUGGGGGGUUAUCAGACGCCGACGAGCGCUGGAGCGGACUACAACGUCGAGCUGCAACUCCUCCUCCACCACCGCCUAUUCCCACUGCAUUCCACUGCUCAAUCUGCCAGGAUGAAGACCCCAUGGCUGAGAUCUUCAUUGUCAGGCCUUCAUAUCCUCCAAAGCAUCAACAAGAGAACUCGGUGCGGACGACGCCCCCGACACGCACAAGUGCCUCGUUGAAGGCUGUCGGGGCGUGGCUGUGCUCAAUGGAAUUGACACGCACUUCCGCUGCCCGAUCGCCUCGUGUCGGCAACACGCGCGAGUGGCACGAAGGUCGCACCUGCGAGCAGGUGAAGCAGCAACUUCAGGACAAUGAGCUUCAGCCGGAACAAAUGCGCCAGCUCUUCCAGGGCGCGGCAUACAUGUACGGUCGCUGCAGCUUCGGACCCGUGCUUCAUGGAUUUUGCGGCAACCUACAGACUCACCAAGGAGAAGUGCACGGGGGAGCGAAGGUCAUCAACAACUGCCCCCAGUGCCAAUGGUUUUCUCCAAACAUUUGCAGACCGGUCGCAAUGGGACGGCCAAACGUGGGCGGAGCGCAACGUGACAUUAAGUACGUCUCAAGAAGAAUCACCUGUCAACAGCGGGACUACUUGGAAUACCUUGGGCAAGAUCCGAAAGCUGAGCCGACCAGAUCAAUGGGUUUGCAUCUUGUCCCGAAUUUGGCAGACGAUGGAGCUUAUUUAUCAUGGGGGCUAACAGACUUAAGCUCGAGGGAUGUUCACUUCUCAAACUCUCGACUGCACGACCAUGGCAAGCCAGCAUGUUCUCCAAUGCCAGCGCAGCCAGUAUUCGUUUCCCAACGGGCGAUCGGCGUGCUUUGCGAACGCGACCUCGAAGACGUGCUUGAGCUUGGCGUCCAAUGGUACGAGGCGUGUUCCGCGUUCUUGGAGGGCGAACACAGCUCCGCCGAAGAAGCGAUCAAUCUUCUUACCGCGUGGGGAGAAGGCAACUUGGACAAAUCGUCAACCAUGAGAUAUAUCAUCGAUGUUGGCAUAUCUGAACAACGAGUGCUCUCUGCUUCCAACAUCAUGGAGGUGGUUCAGAGCGCCCGUCGCAAUAGAGCUUCACCUGUAGCGUGCCUCUUCACGAAACCACCCGAGACGCUGAUGGUGCUUUGUGGGUCUGACCACGAGCAGAGAGGGCAAUUCCUCCUCUUUGACUCGCACCCUCGACCAACUCAAGGCAUUGAGAUCGAUGUGACUCAGGGAUGCUCCCUUGUGUUUUACGGUAGUGAUCUCGAGCUCGCAAUGGCCAUUUUGGAGCGACUUCCUGUGACGCGCAUUGAAGACAUCACUGAGAGCGACCUCCAAUUACUGAAUUCGUUCGAGCUCACAACACUCACUGUGCGUGAGAAGCUGCAGCAGGUUAUUGAACCCGUGUCAGCUCAAGAAUUGGAUGAAAGGGAAUCAGUUAAGGGUUGCUGCUGUAAGGAUCUGGCUGCCAAGAUGGAGCUGAUGAGCGAUCGGCUAGAACGGAUCGAGGGUGCCAUUGAUAGGCUGCUGCGUAUCGCUCAGCCGGAGGGAAGUCAGGGCCGACCUCGACAAAUGCAGCCGAUACGAUCUUUCGGUGGCGAUGAAGCCCGCUUUCACACACAAAGCGCAUCAGCUUGGGAUGUUGCAUCAGGAAAUGCUUCAGCAAGACGAGCUCACAGCUACGAUGGAGUUGGCGCGUAUAGAGGUAGAUGA